ACUGGGUAGCAUGUGGACGUACGACUGACCACACGUUUGUUUAUCUGCACAUGUCCGUGAUUACGCUCUCUGUUAGAAAAUAACAUGGCAAAGAUACAAAAAAAGACAAACCAGCAACAUAAAUAAAGAGGACACAUGUAAUAAUGAUGGGCGACCAGAAGAGAACACAGAAAUGGAGAGGCACCAGGAGGAGAGAGGAGAUAAGAAAGUAAAUGGGAAGCGGAAAGCAGAGCCCACCUCUGACUCUUCCCCAUCAAAGAAAGCCAAACCCAGCAAUGAUGGUUUCUGUCUUUUUGUUGGCAACCUCAACAACACCAAAACGUCGGAGGAAAUCAGAAAUUCUCUGGCAAAAUACUUCACGAUGCAAAAUCUGCUGUUUCAGGACAUCCGAUUGGGAAGGUCCAAGACUCAUGCGUUUGUAGAUAUGGCCUCAGAUAUUGACCUGACCAAAGCUUUGGCAUUGAAUGGAGAGGAGAUCCUUGAUAAGCCGAUGAAGAUGGCUAAAGCAAAAGUUAAAAGCAACGACCAAGGGAAGGUGAAAGCUCCACCUGUAGCUAAGAAAGUGAAAGACAACAGAUGUCUCUUUCUGAAGAAUGUACCGUACGAUGCGACUCAGGAAGACAUCCGAAAGGUUUUCCAAAGAGCCAUCGCAGUUCGCUUUCCUGGUGGAGCUAAAGGCCCAACUCAAGGCAUUGCCUUUGUGGAGUUUAAAAACAAAGCCAUCGCUGAGGAAAUGCUUAAGAAGAAACAAAAGGCUCAGAUUAAAGGUCGGGAUUUGAUUGUGGAUCGCAUACGACAAAGAGAGGUUGCCAAAGCUGACAGUAAGAAAGCAAAGGCAGCAGCUCCUUCAAAUAAAAUUUUAUUUGUAAAGCAUCUGCCUGAAACUGUGAAUGAACCCCACCUCAGGUGUGUCUUUAAAAAAGCUGUUCGUAUCAGGAUACCUCCAAUGAAAGAUAAACCAAAACGAUUUGCAUUUGUUGAGUUUGCAACGGUGGCCCAUGCUAAAAAAGCGCUGCAGUUUUCCAAAACCUUAAAGAUCUGCAACAAAGCAGCCAAAGUUGAAAUGUGUCGCAACAGUUUGCAGCCUAGGAACGCUGGAGGCCAGCUGAAAACCCUGUUUGUGGUGGGCCUUGCUGAGAAGACGACUGCAGAAACACUUCAGAGUGCUUUUGAUGGAGCCAUCAGUGCAAGAGUUGCAGUGCAUAAGAGCACAGGAGAUUCAAAAAGGUUUGGUUUUGUGGAAUUCAACAGCGAGGAAUGUUGCAAGGCUGCCAAAGCGUACAUGGAGGACUGUGAGAUAGAUGGCAGCAACGUCACUGUAACCUAUGCAGUGUCCAAGGGUGAAGGUUCAGCUGAGCCUCCCAGUGGGCCAUCGUCUGGCAAACAAAGCAGGAAACACAAAGGUAAAGGACAUGGAUCUGGUACAUCCCGGCAUGCUGCUGAAGUAGUGAAAAGUCAAAAUUAACUUCUGCUGGAAGGUUUUUUUCUCAGGAUGUUCUUUACUGUUUUAGACCUUCUCCCUGAACACCUUAAAGCUGCUUUUAGUGAAGCCGUAACAUAUAUUUGAACAGAUUGUUUUUUUAAUGUUAAGUCCUGUUCUGGACUGUAAAGCAUUCACUGUCCAUAUAUGAACGUUAACCUAUAAAAGUUUUCUACAAUUGAUAAAAACUUAUUUAAAACCAA